AUGUUGCUGUUUCUGCUUUGUCCUGCAUACUUCUGGAAACAAGUUCCCCCCUCGUUUCUAUGUUUGGAUUUUGAAAGCAUAAAAAAUUAUACUACUACUUGCAGGUUUCACCCUCUUUCAUCAGCUGCCUGGAGACAACUCGAAGAAAACCUUCUUCAACAUGUCAGUUCUUUGGUUCAAGACUCAAAUUUUGAUUUUUGGAGAAAUGGAAGGUUUUUAAUUCAUGUGGACAGGCAACUUGCAUCUUCUAAUGAUGGGAAGAUUUGGAUAUGCAAAUCCUGGAGAACAUGGAAGAUGCCAGAGUUGAUCUAUGUGUCCCCUUUGGCAGUUGUUGAUGGGGAAGAGAUUGCUUUGUUUUUAAGGGGUAGAAACCUGACUGCUCCUGGCACCAAAGUCUUGGCCGGAGCAGGGGAUCUGUUGGUGCUGACUAUGGUUCGGGGCGGUACUGUUGGUGCUCGCGGUGGCUGGAGGAGGAGCAAAGCAGGUGUUGCCGGAGGGAAUGGCUGGAAGAUGGGGAACUCCGGCGAUUGCAGAGUGGGGAUGGAUGAGGAUGGAGAUGGCCGCCGGAAGGCGGAGCUGCUGGUGCAGCGGUGA